GCAGGGAUGAACCGUUUGAAGGUAGAGAAAACGCAGGUGUGUUUCCGUGCUGUCUGUUGGAGAAGACCUCUGAGGUUCUGCUUUUCCUCCCCCCCCCCCACAGUGUACAAAUGGUCACCUGAUGUGUGCGGGAUGUUUCAUCCACCUGCUGGCCGAUGCCCGGCUGAAGGAGGAGCAGGCUACCUGUCCCAACUGCCGCUGCGAGAUCAGCAAGAGCCUUUGCUGCCGAAACCUGGCGGUGGAAAAAGCAGUGAGCGAGCUACCCUCGGAGUGUGGCUUCUGCAUGAGGCAGUUCCCUCGUUCUCUUCUGGAGAGACACCAGAAAGAAGAAUGUCAGGACAGGGUGACUCAGUGCAAGUACAAGCGGAUUGGGUGCCCGUGGCAGGGCCCUUACCACGAACUCACCGUCCACGAAGCGGAGUGCACCCACCCCAGCAAGACAGGGAACGAGCUAAUGGAGAUCCUGGAUGAAAUGGACCAAACGCAUAAAAGGGAAAUGCAGCUCUACAACAGCAUCUUCGGCCUGCUCAGCUUCGAGAAGAUCGGUUACACAGAAGUCCAGUUUCGUCCGUACCGGACCGACGACUUCAUCACUCGCCUUUACUACGAAACGCCGAGGUUUACGGUGCUGAACCAGACGUGGGUCUUGAAGGCCCGGGUGAACGACUCGGAGCGCAACCCCAACCUGUCGUGCAAGCGCACCCUCUCCUUCCAGCUCAUCCUGAAGAGCAAAGUCAGCGCGCCCAUGGAGUGCUCCUUCCUGCUGCUCAAGGGUCCCUACGACGACGUGAAGAUCAACCCCGUCAUCUAUCACUUCGCCUUCUCCAACGAGAACAACGAGACGGAGUACAUGCCGCUCCCCAUCAUAGACUCUGUGGAGUGUAACAAACUCCUGGCCGCCAAGAACAUCAACCUGCGUCUGUUUAUAUUCCAGAUACAGAAGUAAGCAUGUAAGCUAACCUGGGAGAGUGACCGAGAGAGAGAGAGAGAAAGAGAAAGCGAGAGAGAAAGAGAGAGAGAGAGAAAGAGAGAGGAAAGGGGAGGCAGAGAUGCACGCACCACUGAACCAGAGUUACCUCGCACGGCUGCCUCGGCCGCGUUCCACUUCCACGAUUAUCCGAUUAUUUUAGCAAAAAGAGGACGUUUUUGCAUGUGGGGCAGGCGACAGUAGUCGCUGCCUUCUUUGACGCUCCCCGUUUGUGCCCCCUCCCCCCCCCCAAAAAAGGCAACCGGGGAGUUAGCUUGAUGCAGGGUACAUAGGAGGCCUGGUUGGGGGGGGGGGUGUCUCAAGGGGAUCUACUAGUCAAUACAUUGUGAAAAGGCCA